AUGACUUCUACCACUACUACUGUGGAUGAAGAAUUAUCAGGAUGGAAGAAGUUUAAACAUUCAUUUAAAAGACAAACAACUGAUGAUAUCGCCGCUGGUAAACAAUUGGCUAAGGGAAUUUCUAAGCGUCAUUUGAUCCUUAUGGCCCUUGUCACCGGUAUCGGUACUGGUCUUCUUGUUGGUUCAGGUCAAGUUUUACACAAGGCUGGUCCUCUUUUUGUCUUGAUUGGUUGGGCCAUUGUCGGUUCCUUCGUUUAUCCAACAUUGCAAGCUGCUGGUGAAAUGGCAGUUAACUACUCGGAAUUAUCCGGUGGGUAUAAUAAUUAUCCUAGAAGAUUUAUUGAUGAAUCAUUAGCAUUUGCCAUUACUUGGAAUUAUUGUAUUCAAUGGUUGUCUGUCAUUGCUAUUGAAUUGGUUACUGCUGCCAUUACUAUUCAAUAUUGGAAUACCCUGGUUAACCCUGAUGUUUGGGUUACUAUCUUUUAUAUUGUUGUUUUAGUGAUUAACUUUUUCGGGGCCAAGGGUUAUGGUGAAGGUGAAUUUGUUCUUGGAAGUUGUAAGAUUAUUAUGGUUGUUGGGUUUAUCAUUAUGGGUAUUGUAGUUAACGUUGGUGGUGGUCCAGAAGGUGAAUACAUUGGUGGUAGAUAUUGGCAUGAUCCUGGUUUCGCUACCAACUUCAAGGGUCUUUGUUCUGUGUUUGUUACUGGUGCUUUCUCUUUGGGUCAAUCUGAAUUUGUUGCCUUGACUGCUGCUGAACAAUCUAACCCAAGAAGAGCUAUUCCAACCGCUUGUAAAUUGAUUAUUUGGAGAGUCAUUGUUUUAUUCUUGGGUUCCUUAACCAUUGUUGGUUUGUUAGUUCCAUACAAUUCUGACAGAUUAAUGGGCUCUCAAGGUGGUGGUUCUCAUGCUUCUCCAUUUGUUCUUGCUGCUGCUUUACAUGGUGUUCGUGCUGUUCCAUCUAUUAUCAACGCCGUCAUUUUACUUUCUGUUACUUCUGUUGCAUCUUCGUCGUUGUAUUCUGCUUCCAGAACUUUGCAAUCAUUGGCUGAACAAGGAUUUGCUCCAUCAUGGUUGAACUAUAUUGACAACGAUGGUCGUCCAUUACGUUCUCUUAUUGUUUGUUCCAUCUGUGGUCUUUUCUCGUUUAUUGCUGCCUACAAGAAUGAAGAAGCUGUCUUCAACUGGUUGCUUGCCAUUUCUGGUCUUUCUCAAAUUUUCACCUGGUUUGGUAUUUGUCUUUCCCACGUUCGUUUCCGUGCUGCCUUGGCUUACAACAAUAUUUCCUUGGAAUCAUUAGGUUACGUUUCUCCAACCGGUGUUUGGGGUUCCUACUAUGCUAUCAUUUGGUACAUCUUGGUUUUGAUUGCCCAAUUUUGGAUUGCUUUAUACCCAGUUGGUUAUGGUACUCCACAAGUUGAAUCAUUUUUCCAAAACUAUCUUGGUGCUCUUGUUUUAAUUGUGUUUUACUUUGGUCAUAAGCUUUGGACCAGGAACUGGAAGUUGUGGUACAAACUUGAAGACAUUGAUAUCAAUCUUGAUAGAACUAUUUUUGAUGAAGAAAUUUUGAAAUUGGAAAGGGAAGAAGAAAAGGAAAAAUGGAAUAGAACUGCUUGGUACAUGAAGGCACUCAAGUUUAUGUUUGUAUAG